AUGAGCGCUGCGAAGCACAAGGGUGGCAACCAGCUGCAGGAUCGCCAUGCGCGAACUGGGGGGCAGAGGGAUGGCGCCAAGGCCAGGGUCAGGCCGGAGCCCGAGAACAAGUUGCGGCGUGAGACGCGGUUCGUGGCGGAGAUGCGCUUCAAGGCGGACUUGCCGGAGAUGUGUUGCGACCCGAAGCAGCUGUCCAAGCACCUGACACGCGAAGAGCUUGGGGAGUUUUCAAUAACAAGGAUGGAAUGCCAGCCAAGGAGGGAUCUGUCAACGCAUAUGGAUUUAAGAGAACAGAUCUAUCCCCUCCUCAUCCAUCAGUACGACAUAUCGGAAAAUCCACCGGCCUUGGAUCCAGAGGAUGCAGAGCUGCUCAAUGAUGGUGAAGACCUUGAGGUGGAUCCUGCAAGCAAGUUGACCAGGCGCCAGUCUGCAGGAGCACUCUCAUGGCUGAUGCGCACCACGUACAUAUCAAACGACAUGCCUGACCACAGUGUACAGCAGCUGGGGGCAGAGAGGCUGACAAAGAAGCGGGCAGCAGAGGAAGAGGCAAUGCUGCAGACACGAGAAGGGCAAGUGCACUGGAUAGAGGGUACAUUCCGGAAAGUGCGACGGAAGCUGACUCAUCCCAAGAAUCCCAAGUUAAAGCCUGUGAAACAGUGGACAGUUCUCCCAGAUUUCGAUCACUGGAGGCGUGACCAUGCAGCGAUAACGUUCGAGAACGAUCCCACUGAGGACUCGAAGAAGCUGAGCAGGCUUUCGGAAGAGCAUAGGAGAAGCGUGGCAGAUCGUGCUCUGGUGCGAUUCAUGGAAGGGGCUGACAACGAAGAUCUCACAGUGCUUGGUUACAUGGCACCUUGCGACCUCCCUCCUGGCUAUGGCACAAGCGAUGGGGGUGUAGACGAUGGUGCGGAGGGGGAGUACGCAUACAUAAAGGAGUACUCAUUCGAACCACGGGCCAGGGAGGCUGACCACAAGCCGGUGUACGUGUUCGCAUUCGAGGACGAAUGUGUCAGAUACGUGGAGUUGGCGGUGCAGGCGCAGGCCAAAAAGCGACGGAUGACAAUGGCGACUUCAAGGCCGUCAAAGGUGGUCGUGACAAGGUCCACGGAGAAUUCGGAACGACGGCAGUCUGGAAACGAUGUGAACGAGGCUAAUGGGGACGAAGUCGAUUUGUUCUGA